GCAAGCACCACUCAGGAAACCAUCGUGGCUAGACAUAUGGGCAUGAAGAUAUUUGCUAUUUCAAUGGUUACCAACAUGGAUACCAUGGACGAGAAGAUGGAUAGUCUGCCAAAUCACGAAGAGGUACUUCAAAUGGCCAGUCGCCUAGGUCCACUGUUGGCGCAAUUGCUGGAGAAGAUGGUAAAGUGCCUGUAG